CCGCCCUUAAAAGCGGCGGCGGCUCCGGUGCAGCGCCCGCGGCGGCGCUCCCGGCACGGCCCGGGAUGGGCUCCGCGCACUCCGUGCCCGCCGAGAUGCGGGAGCUGGCGGACAGGACGGGCUUCACCUCUGAGCAGAUCGAGCACCUGCACCGGCGCUUCAAGCAGCUGAGCCAGGACCAGCUGACGAUCCGCAAGGAGAACUUUGACAGCAUCCCCGACCUGGAGUUCAACCCCAUCCGAGGGAAAAUCGUCCACGCCUUUUUUGACAAGCGGAACCUGCGGCAGGAGUCGGACGGGCUGGCGGAGGAGAUCAACUUCGAGGACUUCCUGACCAUCAUGUCCUACUUCAGACCCAUCGAGAUGAACAUGGACGAGGAGCAGCUCGACCGCUUCCGCAAGGAGAAGCUGAAAUUCCUGUUCCACAUGUACGACUCGGACCACGACGGGAAGAUCACGCUGCAGGAGUACAGAAAUGUGGUGGAGGAGCUGCUGUCGGGGAACCCCCACCUGGAGAAGGAGUCGGCUCGCUCCAUCGCCGACGGGGCCAUGAUGGAGGCAGCCAGCAUCUGUGUGGGACAAAUGGGCCCGGACCAGGUGUACGAGGGCAUCACCUUCGAGGACUUCCUGAAGAUGUGGCAGGGCAUCGACAUCGAGACCAAGAUGCACGUCCGCUUCCUCAACGUGGACACCAUUGCCCACUGCUACUGAGAGGGGAAGAAGAGGAGGAAGAGGAGGAGGAAGAGCACCCAGCAGCAGCUCCAUGUCCUGGCACUCAGCUCCCAGCUCCGUGGCUCUGCCCCACCCGUGUGCCUGU